CAUCAGUCCUCGCUCCUCCCCCCUCACUCCCGGUCUCCGACCAGUCCGCCCGGUCUGACUCGUGUGGUCCUGUGUGGGUUUCGCCGCGUGUGCGCUCGGGGCCGGGGCGGGAGGGGCAGCCCCUCAUUCCACCUCCAGGAAGUCGAACUGGAGGAAGGAGGGCAAACUCAGGGAGGCGGGGCUCGUGCCACAGGGACACCAAGACGGCUCGCGGCCCCCAGCCUCUACCCCGCUCCGAAGCCGGGAUCUGAGCGCCGGCCGCGGUGCCCGGGCACUCCCUUGGCGGGCCGGAUGGCGGACCCUGGCCCAGAUCCGGAAUCUGAGUCGGAAUCGGUGUUCCCACGGGAGGUCGGGCUCUUUGCGGACUCUUACUCGGAGAAGAGCCAAUUCUGUUUCUGUGGGCAUGUGCUGACCAUCACGCAGAACUUUGGGUCCCGCCUCGGGGUGGCGGCGCGCGUGUGGGACGCGGCCCUGAGCCUGUGCAAUUAUUUCGAGAGUCAAAAUGUGGAUUUCCGAGGCAAGAAGGUGAUCGAACUGGGUGCGGGGACAGGCAUCGUGGGGAUCUUGGCAGCGCUGCAGGGGGGGGAUGUUACCAUCACUGACCUGCCCCUGGCCCUAGAACAGAUCCAGGGCAACGUCCAGGCCAAUGUGCCAGCUGGAGGCCAGGCCCAGGUGCGUGCCUUGUCCUGGGGGAUUGACCAUCAUGUCUUCCCUGGAGACUAUGACCUGGUGCUGGGGGCUGAUAUCGUGUACCUGGAACCCACCUUCCCUCUGCUGCUGGGGACCCUCCAACACCUGUGCAGGCCCCAUGGCACCAUCUAUCUGGCCUCCAAGAUGAGAGAGGAGCACGGGACAGAGAGCUUCUUUCAGCACCUCCUGCCCCAGCAUUUCCAACUGGAGCUGGUUCAGCGGGAUGAGGAUGAAAAUGUCAACAUCUAUAGGGCCAGGCACAGGGAACCAAGACCUGCUUGACAUCACCCCUGCUGUUCUUCUCAGUCUCUUGCCCUAAUGAAGGAACUGGGUAUCUCAAAAAUCAUAUUUCCAGAGCCACAAACACGAAGACCAAAAAGGAUGGAUUUCCCUGGCCUCUCUCACUUUCUUCCUUCCCUCUUUGUUACCCCAGAUACUCUUGGGCAGGUGCAGUGAGGGGCCUGCUUACCAGGAAUCCCAGAGCUCUGGCAGCACUAGUGUUAGAACACUAAGGAGGUUCCUGGCUCCUGUUCUCAGAAGAGGAGGAUGGUAAGGUAUCUAGGAUUUUUAGGGGCUAAGGCAGGUAUAUGGGAUAUGAGAGCAGUGGUUGUAGAGAGACUGUCACUGAUCACUUCCAUUCCUGUUGCUGUUUAUACAGAAUGGACUUAAAAAAAAAUUCUAUGGGAUUUUUUUUUUCUUUUUUUUGAGACAGGGUCUCUCUCUGUCACCCAGGCUGGAGUGCAGAUACAUGAUCACAGCUCAUUACAGCCUUAACCUCUCAAGGCCCAGAUGAUCUUCCUGCGUCAGCUCCCCAAGUAGCUGGGACUAGAAGCAUGAGCCAUCACACCCAGCUAAUUUUUGUAUUUUCAGUAGAGAAGGGUUUCACCAUGUUGCCCAGGGUGGUCUCAAACUCCUGGACUCAAGUGAUCCACCUGCCUUGCCUCCCAAAGUGCUGGGAUUACAGGUAUGGGCCACUGCGCUAGCCCAGGAUUUUGUUUUUGUGUUUGUUUUUUGUUUUUGAAGAAAGAAUUAAGCCUUAAAAAUCUGUUGUGCAAGAACUCAGCUUUUGCUCAGGAGCUGAGAAGGAAGAAGCCUCAAACCACCUGUUUCCUGCUUUUUAGAGAUAGAAUCUGGUGGAACCAUGGCUCUAACCGAGUCAAGUCCUCCUAGCUCCGAAGCUAAGGCUGCAGAGCUGUCCUUUGGACUGUAGUUUCUUCGUGCUUUCCGGAGUUAGAGCCUUGAUCACAGAACGUCAUGCUGUGCAGAACACUGGACUCAGUACUAAGUUCUUUUCAUCUUUGAUUUUUCUUUAGCUUCAUCAGUCCUUCCUUCCUAAUCUGUAAUCCCCUGAAGCCUAACACAGUUCCUAAUGUGUUUUGCCUUCACCUCUUUUCUCUUCCCACAUUGGUACUUCUGGUUGGGGCUCUCUUUACUUACUGCUUAGGCACAUAGUCACCUUCUUUGGACUCCCUGCCUCCAUGCUUUCUCCUUCAGUCCAUUCUGCAAACUCUUGGGAUCUUCCAAAAUUAGCUCUGAUUAGCUUUCACUGCCUAUAGAAGCAAGAACAAGCUCCUCUGCUUGGUACUUAGUCUGUGUCCAUGUUAUACCAAAUUACCUUCCUAUUGCAUUUCCUACUCCUUUGCUACAUGUAUUGGACCUCUGGCCAAAUUACAAAAGAUGUACUCUUUGUUCUCUAAAACCACACUAAAGUGUCCUGACUUCUUUCUCACUCUUUAUGAUAAUCCUCUGCCUGAAAGGCUAUUGCCACCUGUCAAAAUCUUCAUUAUUCUUUGCCUCUUUCCUGAGCCCCUUGCUUGAAUGUGAUUUCUUUCUCCCUGAGACCCUUUAACUGUUUGUUCGUCUUAUGGGACCUUAAUUUGUCUUGCAUGGACAUUUUUGAUUUUCAUUUUCUCACCAUUAAAUUACCUUGGAGGGUAGGGCUGUGAUUUACUCAUGUCUAAUCCUCAGAAGCCUAACACAGUUCCUGGCACACACAGAUAUUGUGCUCAUUCAAUAAAUAUUUACUCGCUUUGUUAAAUGGAUUCCACCCCUGCCUUUCUAGGUGACCUUGGACAAAUUCCAGAACCCACUCACCAACUACACAAGUUUGUUGUGAGUCAUAAAUGGAUAAUGAAUAUAAACGCGCAUUGAAAAUAAACAUAAAAUGUUACCCACA